AUGUUUAGGGCUCUCAAGACGGCUUCCUCGGCCGCUCGCAACGUCCGCAGCUUGGCCACUGUCGCCGAUGCCUCUGGCAAGGUCCAGCUCUCCAACUUGGAGAAGGGCAAGUACAUCAACUACGAGAAGCUCUCCGAGAACAUUGACAUCGUCCGUCAGCGUUUGAACCGGCCUCUCACUUACUCCGAGAAGGUCGUCUACGGUCACUUGGACAACCCCCACGAGCAGGACAUUGAGCGUGGAAAGUCCUACCUCAAGCUCCGUCCCGACCGUGUCGCUUGUCAGGACGCUACCGCCCAGAUGGCUAUCUUGCAGUUCAUGUCUGCUGGUAUGCCCUCCGUCGCUGUCCCAACCACCGUCCACUGUGACCACUUGAUCGAGGCCCAGGUUGGUGGUGUUAAGGACUUGGCCCGUGCCAAGGACAUCAACAAGGAGGUCUACAACUUCUUGUCUACUGCUUGUGCUAAGUACAACAUCGGUUUCUGGCGCCCUGGAUCUGGUAUCAUCCACCAGAUCAUCCUCGAGAACUACGCUUUCCCCGGUGGUAUGAUGAUCGGUACCGACUCCCACACUCCUAACGGUGGUGGUCUCGGUAUGAUCGCUGUUGGUGUCGGAGGUGCUGACGCUGUCGACGUUAUGGCCGACAUUCCUUGGGAGUUGAAGUGCCCCAAGGUUAUCGGUGUUAAGCUUACUGGUAAGCUUUCCGGCUGGACCGCUCCCAAGGACGUCAUCUUGAAGGUCGCUGGUAUCCUCACCGUCAAGGGUGGAACUGGUGCCAUCGUCGAGUACUUCGGUCCUGGUGUCGACUCCCUUUCCUCCACUGGUAUGGGUACCAUCUGUAACAUGGGUGCUGAGAUCGGUGCUACCACCUCCAUCUUCCCCUUCAACAAGUCCAUGUCCGACUACUUGGUUGCUACUGGCCGUGAGUCCAUCGCCAAGCACGCCCAGAAGUUCCAGCACGUCCUUCGCGCUGACGAGGGUGCUGAGUACGACCAGGUCAUCGAGAUCAACCUCAACGAGCUCGAGCCCCACAUCAACGGUCCCUUCACCCCCGACUUGGCCACUCCCCUCUCCAAGUUCGCUGAGACCGCCGAGAAGAACGGAUGGCCCCUUGACUUAAAGGUUGGUUUGAUCGGUUCCUGCACCAACUCUUCCUACGAGGACAUGUCCCGUUCCGCUUCCAUUGCGGACCAGGCUUUGGCUCACGGUCUUAAGGCCAAGUCUGGCUUCCUCGUCACCCCCGGUUCCGAGCAGAUUCGUGCCACCAUCGCCCGUGACGGUCAGCUCGAGACCUUUGAGAAGAUUGGUGGUUCCGUCCUCGCCAACGCAUGUGGUCCGUGCAUUGGUCAGUGGGACCGUCGCGAUGUUGAGAAGGGUACCCCCAACUCCAUCUUCUCCUCCUACAACCGUAACUUCACUGGCCGUAACGACGCCAACCCCAAGACCCACUCUUUCGUCACCUCCCCUGACCUCGUCACCGCUUUCAUCUUCGCUGGUGACUUGAGGUUCAACCCCCUCACCGAUACCCUCAAGGGUGCUGACGGUAAGGAGUUCAAGUUCGAGGCUCCUACCGGUGCCGCUCUUCCUGCCCGCGGUUACGACCCCGGAGAGAACACCUACCAGGCUCCUCCUGAGGAGCGUACCUCCGUCCAGGUCGAUGUCGCCCCUACCUCCGACCGUCUUCAGCUCCUUUCGCCCUUCAAGGCUUGGGACGGUAAGGACUUGACCGAUGCCAAGAUUCUCAUCAAGGCUAAGGGUAAGUGUACCACUGACCAUAUCUCCAUGGCUGGUCCCUGGUUGAAGUACCGUGGUCACUUGGACAACAUCUCCAACAACUACAUGAUUGGUGCCAUCAACGCCGAGAACGGUGAGGCCAACACCUUGAAGAACCAGUUGACUGGUGAGUACCAGCCCGUUCCUGACGUUGCCCGUGCCUACAAGGCCCAGGACAUCCCCUGGGUCGUCAUCGGUGAGGACAACUUGGGUGAGGGUUCUUCCCGUGAGCACGCCGCUCUCGAGCCCCGUCACCUCGGUGGUCGUGCCAUCAUCGUUAAGUCCUUCGCUCGUAUCCACGAGACCAACUUGAAGAAGCAGGGUCUCUUGCCCUUGACCUUCGUUGACGGUUCCGCCUACGACAAGAUCAACCCGACCGACGUUGUCGACAUUGUUGGUCUCCCCGAGUUCGCUCCCGGUAAGCAGUUGACUUUGAGGGUGAAGCCCCAGAACGGUGAGGCUUGGGAGACCAAGUUGGACCACACCUUCAACGAGGGUCAGAUUGAGUGGUUCAAGGCUGGUUCCGCGCUCAACGCUAUGGCCUCCAAGAACAAGGCAUAA